CGUCUGCGCAGAACCGAGAGCGAGCGAGAGAGAGGAAACAAGGCCAGUGUGACGACACAGAGGGGGGAGGGCCUUGCUCUGUGCGCCUGCGCAGAACCGAGAGAGAGAGAGAGAGAGAGAGGAAACAAGGGCAGUGUGACGACACAAAGCCGUGCUGUUAGCGCCUGCGCAGAACUGAGGAAGGCUAAGCGUAGACGGCAACAUUUUGCGCAUGCGCGUUGGGGUCGGGUUGCACUCCCGCCCCUCUCUCGCGCCGCGGCCGCCUUUUCCGGUUUCCGGUCCCGUUGCGGCGCAUGCGCGGGACCGGCGCGGCCUGUGGAGGCGGCCGCCUCCUCCUCCUGCUCCUCCAUGGCUCAGGCCGAGAAGAUGGACCUGGACUUGGAGCUGCUGCCGCCGGCCGGGAGCAACAGCGGCGGCGACGGGGGAGGCCUGAGGCGCUCCAACAGCGCCCCGCUCAUCCACGGCCUCAGUGACAAUUCACAGGUGUUUCAGCCUUACGUCUUGCGGACCCGCAGAAACAGCACAACUGUUAUGAACCGGCACAGCAUGUUGAUCUCAUCAUCUCCAAUUCGUAUCCCUAGCAGCCGGCUCCAUCAAAUCAGAAGGGAGGAAGGAGUGGAUUUGAUGAAUAGAGAAACAGCACACGAGAGGGAAGUGCAAACAGCAAUGCAGAUAAGCCAGUCAUGGGAGGAAAGCUUGAGCCUGAGUGACAACGACUUGGACAAAUCUGACAAAUCUUCAUCUCCAAAGAGGAUAGACUUUAUUCCCGUUUCCCCGGCACCUUCCCCUACAAGGGGCAUAGGAAAGCAAUGCUUCUCGCCAUCUUUGCAAAUGUUUGUGAGCAGUAAUGGGCUGCCUCCGAGUCCCAUUCCCAGCCCCACCAGGAGGUUUUCAAACAGGAGAAGCCAGAGUCCCAUCAACUGCAUCAGGCCCAGUGUUCUUGGUCCCAUUAAAAGGAAAGGUGAAAUGGAGACGGAAAGCCAGCCAAAGAGACUAUUCCAAGGAACCACAAACAUGCUUUCUCCGGAUGUGACGCAACUGACAGACCUCAGUUCCUGCUUGUCUUCGGACCUCCUUGACGGGAGCAGCAGCAGCAUGGGCUCUUCCUCUGACUCCUUGGCCAAAGGCGGUGGAGCGGCGGCUGCGGAGUCUCCCCUCACCUGCCCCGACUCCUGCUCCUCCUUCCUCUUGAUGGAGGACCUUUCGCCCAAGUGACUUUGCUGGGCCCUCGGCCAGCCUCCACCUGCGCCAUUCCCUCGCUGUAUGUUGGUACAGAGAAGUCCGCCGAGCUGAAUCCUCUAGGAUGCCAGGGUAUGAACCCGGAGUGGAAAUAUUAACAUUGACUUCUUUUUUUUGGCAACGUCUCCAUGUGGUUUUGAUUCUCCUUUAUCAGGGCCCUGUGGAUGUCCCGUUUGAUUUUUCAAGAUUGUUUUUCUUGCUUCUGCUCAGAGCACACAAACCUUGCUUCCGGAGAAAACUAGAUAGCCUUUUUUAAAAAAAAAAAAUCCCUCAUUUAUAUUAGCAGAUGGAAAAACCUGUUGCUAUCAUGAGGUCAGAAUAGCAAUUAUGGAGCUUUUUGGUUUGAGACUCCAUUUCCCCCCAUCUAAAUCGAUUAGAUGAGCCUCGAUUCUUGGUUCAGGAAAAAAUAAAAGUGGUUUUCCCCUGCUGAGAUAUUUGGGACCCCAAAUCCCCAACCCAGAAUGCACUUAAUAGGAAGUUAUUUCCCCUUUUUCAUCUUUCCCAAAGAUUUCCAGUGGAUCCUUCUGUGGGCAAAGGCUGCAGAGCAAAAACAA